CCACCUCUUCUAUCUACACUAAGAGCAAGUAUGAAGUUAUCAAUCGCAACUGUCGCCGUCGCUGCUGCUAUCGCAACUACCUCUUACGCUGCUCCACAACCAGGUCAUGGCCAUGGUAUUGAACAUGGUCACGGACACGAACAUGGUCACUUUGCUCGCUUCGAAGGUCUCCACCCACAUGGACACCACGGACACGAAGAUCACCAUGGCCACCACAAGCGUCAAGAAGAUGAGGAAAAGAAACACGCAGUUGUUGGCAAGAAGAAAGAAGACGAGGAUCGCCAACACGAGAUAAGAGGUUUCGAACAUGGUCACGGCCACCACGAUCACCACGACGAGCACCACCACGGACACCACGAACAUGAGCACCACCAUAAGAGACAACAUGACCACGACCAUGGCCAUGGUCAUGGCAAGAGCGACCACAGCAAAGGUGCUGCUGACCAGGGUAAGACCGAUCAAAAGGAUACAAACCAAGACCAACAAAAUUUGAACCAAAACAACCCAACUACCAACCAAGACACUAACAAAGAUCAGAACAAGGCUACUACAGGUACAACCGGUGAUGCUGAAGACAUCAACAGACAACAAGCCCUUGACAAUAAACAAGAAGAAGACAGAUCUGGUGCAGUUUCAAACGUUCUCUCACCAUUGGCGCUUAUUGCUGCAACAUUCGUAACGGUCAUGCAAUGGAACUAA